UGGUGGCAUCGGCAGGUUGACAUCCCGAAGGCGCUCCCGCAUCGAGGGCGUCCUCAGAAGUUGGCGGACCCAGACUCGAAGACGAGCAAGACGAAGCAGGCGGCGCGCCACAGGGUGCAGCACGCCUUGGCUGGGCACCUGCAGGAGGCCUACGCGGAGGCCAUGACGCCCUACAACAUCGCGGGCGAGAUCUGGGAGCAGGUUAGCUUUGGGGAUCACAAGCUGGAGCUGACGGAGGAGAUGCGCAUCAUAGGUGACAAGAUGAUCAUCAGGAGCGCGAAGCACCAGAUGGACGAGUACCAGCUGACGAAGCAGUACGUCGCGUGGGUCGCGAGGGUAGAGGAGGCCCACAUCCUGAAUGAGAAAAAGGACGCUCAGGAGGCGCAGCGGUGCAAGGGGCGUGCGCCAGGAUUUGGCAUACGAUGGAUACGUGCGAAACCCACACCAGGACGGACACACAUGAGAUAUGGACCAGCAGAGGAAUGGAGCACUUUGGCAGCUGAUGUGGUACGAUAUCAGUCCCUGGUGGUGAAUGGUACUGAUGUCAAGCAGCAGAGCAUGCGUGUCAAGCGUAUCCUCAGGCAGAUCGGAGUUCUGAGAGGCAUCUCGCACAAGGAUGCCUUUAGCAAGCACGACACUGAGAUCAGCAGCAGUAUGUACUUCCAAAUGACAGAGGACAUUCUAGAUUUAGACUUGGGGCAGCUGGCACAUCUUGUUGGCCAGACUGAGAAGUACCUGGCCAAGGCAUCGUCCAGAUCGAUGGCGACGGCGAGGAAAAGCUUCGCGACCUGGGCGAAGAAGGCCUGGCAGACCAAGGCGGGCACAUUGCACAGGCACGUCAAGCCGAAGGAGGCUCCCAGAUACGAGAUGACGAUAAGACCAGAUUUUGCCACGGCUGACCCAACCAUCAUCAUGCGCUCGAAGGCCAGUACAUGGGAGACCAUAUGGGCGGAUCCUGUGGAUACGCGCACGGACAUUAUUGAACAGCUGGAGCACACGCGGCGCAGAGCGAGACACGAGGACCCUGACCCCAUCGACAUGGAGAUGCCGAACG